UCCCAGAGGGGCGGUGACAAAGCGCCACAGUUUGACAGCGUGUUCCGGGGUCUCUCGGUGGAAAGGUUUCCGGGGUGAGGUCAGGAUCAGAUCUGAGAUCAACUUUCUGUUCCUGGACUCGGCUAAAGAAGAACAAUGGAAAACGGUUCGACCACAACCGGAGACGCAGAUCUGGACCAGGCGAUCAAACUGUGGCUGCAGCAUGACAAGAACCCAAAAACGGCGUCUAUGGUGCAGGAGCUGGUGAAGGACGGAGCAGUGGAGGCUCUGAAGAAGUGUUUCUCCUCCAGGAUGGAGUUUGGUACGGCCGGUCUGAGAGCAGCCAUGGGCCCUGGCGUCUCAUGUAUGAAUGACCUCACUAUCAUCCAGACCACACAGGGUUUCUGUCACUACCUGGAGGAAUGUUUUGAGAACCUAAAGGAGCGAGGGGUGGUGAUCGGUUACGAUGCCCGGGCCCACCCUCCCAGCGGGGGCAACAGCAAGCGUUUUGCCAGCCUGGCUGCAGCUGUUUUCAUCAGUCGAGGGGUUCCUGUGCACCUCUUCUCUGACAUCACCCCGACGCCAUUUGUGCCUUUCACAGUUUCCCACCUGGGUCUGUGUGCUGGUAUCAUGGUGACUGCCUCUCACAACCCCAAACAGGACAACGGCUACAAGGUUUACUGGGAGAACGGUGCCCAGAUUGUGUCUCCUCAUGACAAAGGAAUCUCCAAAGCCAUAGAGAAGAACCUGGAGCCUUGGCCUGAGUCCUGGAACACAGAGGAGGUCUUGAAGAGCCCCUUGCUGAAAGACCCGUACCAGGACAUCCACACACAAUACUUCAAAGCCAUCCAGAAACACUGCCAUCACAGGGACAUAAACAAGAGUUCAGAGGUGAAAAUCGUGCACACAUCUGUGCACGGUGUUGGCCACGCGUUUGUCCAGUCAGCUUUCAAGGCAUUUGACCUCCACCCUCCGUAUGCAGUAGAGGAGCAGAAAGAUCCAGACCCUGAAUUCCCAACCGUCAAGUAUCCCAAUCCUGAGGAGGGGGAGGGAGUCCUGACACUGUCGUUCUCACUGGCAGAGAGGGAGGGGGCCACCGUGGUUUUGGCGAAUGAUCCUGAUGCUGAUCGUCUGGCCAUGGCUGAGAAGCAGGAGAGCGGACAGUGGCGAGUGUUCAGUGGUAAUGAGUUGGGAGCGCUGCUCGGUUGGUGGAUGUUCCGUUGCUGGAAACAGCAAAACUCAGACGCUGACGCUGUUAAAAACGUCUACAUGCUGGCGAGCACCGUCUCAUCCAAGAUACUGCGCGCCAUUGCUCUCAAGGAAGGCUUCCACUUUGAGGAAACCUUGACAGGAUUCAAGUGGAUGGGGAACAGAGCCAAAGACCUUCUGGACACGGGGAAGAGUGUCGUCUUUGCUUUUGAGGAGGCCAUAGGGUAUAUGUGUAGUCCCUGUGUAUUGGACAAGGAUGGAGUGAGUGCUGCCGCCAUUGCAGGAGAGAUGAUUUCCUAUCUGGCCACAAAGAACAUCAGCCUUUCUCAACAGCUCACAACUGUCUAUGAAGAGUAUGGCUACCACAUCAGUAAGAAUUCCUACUUCAUCUGCCACGACCAGGAUGUGAUCUGCUCCUUGUUCGAGCGCCUGCGCAAGCACGGUGGCCAGAAAGACUCGUAUCCCACCGAAUGCGGUCGCUUCUCCAUCUCUGCUGUAAGAGACCUGACCACCGGCCACGACAGCAACCAACCUGAUAAGAAAGCUGUUCUUCCCACCUCCAGCUCAAGUCAAAUGAUCACUUUUUCCUUCUCUAAUGGGGGCGUGGCCACCAUGAGGACCAGUGGCACUGAGCCAAAGAUCAAAUAUUACACUGAGCUCUGUGCUGCUCCUGGUAACAGUGACGUGACGCUCCUGAAGAAGGAGCUGGACGACUUGGUUGAUGCAAUCGUUGAAAACUUCUUCGAGCCGCAGAAAAAUAAGUUGCUGCCCAAACCAGAGUAGCACUGACUAGAUGUACAAACGCACACAGAACUAGUUGUGGCUUAUAUCUGACCAGUAUUUCACACAAUGUCUUACUUACUCCAGAAGGGAUUCUUGGUAAAUAUAAGUUUUAUUUUGCUCUAUAAUCACAUUAAUGAGCAUUUUACCACAGUUUGGUUUUGCUAGUUGAACUUGUUGGAGAUCUGAAUAUUCCUGAUGAAUGUCUUUAUUUUAAUAAUCUGUGGUCAGUGACCCAAGAUUGAGUUUGUUUAGCCAUCCAUCCAUUUUUGAUUUAUAGUUAUGGGUCAAGUACCAGUUUUACAUCCAGCAGUCAUCAUGAUGCAGAUACAGUUUAUCACAGUGCUUGAGAUCUGAAAUGUCUGUUAUACACCCACAAUCAUUCCUUCUUUCUGACUGGGUACUUGUAUAUUCACGUGAAUUUAACAUGAUGCAUUCCACACUUUGCUUCAGCAUCAAGUAUGAGGCUGCGAAAAUGAAGAAUUACAGACAAGUGAAUAGUUGUGACCACGAUUUUGUAAACUGCUUUAAAUGUGUGUUAUCUUAUUUAACAGUAAAAUAUAAUACAGAGAGUGACUGAAAAAUAUUUUGAAACUAGGCCAGAUGUAGAAAAAUAUGCCCCUGCAAAGUUGGCGGCUGGUAAAACAGCUGAGUAUUAAAGCUCAAGUUAUCAGGAAGGAGACAUUCUGUGGAUUGAGUAGUUGUAAUAACCAAACUAAGUUCAACAUACAAUCAUCAACCACCAUUAUUUCUGCUGCUCACCUUUCCUCUUGUGCCCUGAAUUCUAAAAUGCUGUUGCACUGUUCCAGUCAAUAAAAACCGGUUUCUAACUGUG